CAGCUCGUUCUCUCUGCCCCGCCUCGGUUUUGGACAGUUUCUAGGAGACCGGCUCCGGCGGCCGCCCUUGCGGCUGCGCACGUCCGCUAGGUUGGGGGCCAGCUGGUAGGCGGGGUCGUGCUGAGCCGGGUGUUGUAACUCUGGUCGCUGUCUAUGCACGUCUGUUGUCACCGCCGUAGCCUUUCUCUCGGAUCCAUGGUGCGCCCCUGAGGCAGUCUCUGGGACCUUCCUUCAGAAGCACUUCGGGAUGGAGCAUAUUCGCACGACUAAGGUUGAGCAGGUGAAAUUACUUGACCGGUUCAGCACAAGCAACAAGUCAUUAACAGGAACACUCUACCUUACAGCAACACAUCUAUUAUUUAUAGAUUCCCUUCAGAAAGAAACUUGGAUAUUGCAUCAUCAUAUUGCUGCAGUAGAGAAACUUGCUUUGACCACUUCUGGAUGUCCCCUCGUGAUUCAGUGUAAGAACUUCAGGAUUGUGCACUUCAUUGUUCCAAGAGAAAGAGAUUGCCAUGAUAUUUACAACUCUUUGCUACAACUCUCAAGACAAGCUAAAUAUGAAGACCUCUAUGCAUUUUCUUAUAAUCCCAAACAAAAUGAGUCUGAGAGAGUACAGGGUUGGCAACUCAUUGACUUGACUGAGGAAUACAGAAGAAUGGGAAUUCCCAGUUUAAGCUGGCAGUUAUCUGAUGCAAAUCGAGACUACAAGAUUUGUGAAACCUAUCCCAGAGACCUUUAUGUUCCCAAGACAGCAAACAAGCCAAUAAUUGUUGGUAGUUCCAAGUUCCGGAGCAAAGGAAGAUUCCCAGUACUAUCAUAUUAUCAUCAAGAUAAAGAGGCUGCCAUUUGCAGAUGUAGUCAGCCUCUCUCAGGUUUCAGUGCCAGGUGUCUGGAGGAUGAACACAUGUUGCAAGCCAUCAGCAAAGCCAACCCAAGCAAUCGGUAUAUGUAUGUCAUGGACACCAGACCUAAACCUCGCAUGCAGAGCUGGUGGGCUUCAAAAAAGGACAUUGGCAGAAUUGUAGUGAGGAUUUCUUCAAAAAUCUGGAGAGAUGAAAAAAUAAGAGAAAGCGAUGAGAAAGCGCGACUGAAUGCUAUGGCUAACAGAGCAGCUGGAAAGGGGUAUGAAAAUGAAGACAACUAUUCCAACAUUAGAUUCCAGUUUGUUGGAAUUGAAAAUAUUCAUGUAAUGAGAUCUAGUCUGCAGAAACUAUUAGAAGUCAAUGGGACAAGAGCUCUCUCCGUGAAUGAUUUUUUUUCAGGCUUAGAGAGCUCUGGAUGGCUUCGACACAUCAAAGCUGUCUUGGAUGCUGCUGUCUUCUUAGCCAAAGCAAUAGUGGUUGAAAGUGCAAGUGUGCUUGUACAUUGCUCUGAUGGUUGGGACAGGACCUCUCAAGUGUGUUCCCUUGGAGCUCUUUUAUUGGAUUCCUAUUACAGAACAAUCAAAGGAUUUAUGGUUUUGAUAGAAAAGGACUGGAUCUCCUUUGGACAUAAAUUUUCAGAUAGGUGUGGCCAUUUGGAUGGUGACCCAAAGGAAGUUUCGCCAGUGUUUACUCAGUUUUUGGAAUGUGUGUGGCAUUUGACAGAACAAUUUCCACAAGCUUUUGAAUACAAUGAAGUAUUUCUACUUCAGAUCCAUGAACAUGUUCAUUCAUGCCAGUUUGGAAAUUUCCUUGGGAAUUGUCAAAAAGAAAGAGAAGAUCUCAAGUUGAAAGAGAAGACUUACUCCUUGUGGCCAUUCCUUUUGGACGACCAAGAAAAGUACUUAAAUCCUUUGUACUGUCCUAGUUCUCAGAAAUUUACAGUACUAGAGCCCAAUACAGUGCCUUUCAACUUUAAGUUUUGGAGAAAUAUGUACCAUCAGUUUGAUCGAACAAUGCAUCCUAGACAGUCUGUAUUUAAACUGAUUAUGAACAUGAAUGAUCAAAAUAAACAACUUGAGAAGGAAAUUAAAGAACUAGAGUCUAAAAUCAAACACCAAAAAAACAGGCAAACCGAUACAGUUCUCAACAAGGAAUCGUUGCGUUCUAUCCAUUCUGAUUCACCAGCCCUCAAACCUUCCCUGUGUUUCAAGAAAGAACAGACCCUGUUACCUGGGAAUGAUGCUAUUCGAACUAUAGAGGGCAGCAACACAGCAGACAAUCGCUAUAGUGAAUAUGCAGAAGAGUUUUCCAAAACUGAACCUGCAGUUGUCAGUUUGGAGUAUGGAGUAGCAAGGAUGACCUGUUAGUUAUUACUGAGUGAAAAGAAUAUCUUUUUCGGUGGAUUGAAAUACAAGAGAUGGAUUAUUGUAAGGAUGGUCUGUGCUGCAUGACCAAAAGCUAAUUUAUCUAAUGUUAGGUUUUAGAGUAGAACAGCAUGCAAAUAGCUCUUUUGAGGGUAAUAAGCAGUCUGAUUUCCUUUUUAGAAAGGGGUGACAUUUGUGAUAAAAAAGAAAUGAGUGAUGUUUGAGAGAUAUUAAUAAAAAUUCAAUUUGCACUGUAGCCUUGAAAAUUGAUGUUAGUUUAUGAUGUUAUAAGUUCAUUCUAGCUAGAUGAUCCUAUAUUCCUAUGAACACAAAUAACCUUAAUUUUAAUUGGGGGAAAAAUCAACAAAAUGAUAUUUUAUUUAUUCUGCAACUGAAGUGGCACAUGUACUUGUCCACAAAAAUAUAUUCUUACAGAAUUUGUCAAAUAUUGAUGUUUAAUGUUAAAUAUUCUGAACAGGGUCUUUGAAGUUUUUAUCUUUGUUUCCCCCUUUAAUUUAUAUAUAUAUAUAUAUGUGUGUGUAUAUAUAUAUACAUACAUAUGUGUAUAUAUAUAUAUACAUAUAUAUAUAUAUAUAUAUGCGUGUGUGUGUGUGUGUGUGUAACUUUUGGGGGAAUCAGGGUGGGUAAGUAAUGGGAACCCUGUUUUGUUCUUAAGAAAUUUCAUGUGAAUAUGGAAUAUUGUAAGAGUCUCAUGGUAUAAGCCAUUUAAGAAUUACAAAUGUGUUAAAUCUAAAAUUAGUAAUAAUUGAAUAUUUUUCCAUUCUUCUUAUUUAUAUAUUACCACUUUAGAUCAUUUGCAUGUUAUAAUACAGAUUAUCAGUUUCAAGUGCAUGUGCCAGGAUGUUUAAGACUGUGGCUUGUACAUAUCAAUUAUUGCAUUUCAUGAAUUAUCAGCUUGCUGUAGUGAAUUUUCUUCUUUUGGUAACAAUGUGUGAGGUAUAAAGAGAAAAAACCCACCAUGCUGUAAUACAUUUUAUUCUUUAAAGAAAUAAUGAAAAGCACAUUAUAGACUUUCAUUGAAGAAAGGUCUUAUCCUUCAAUGCUCUGCUGUUCUUUGUCUAGCUUGUUUUAACAAUGAAACAAGAGGUACAGGCAGCUUAGGCUUUUGCUUGAAAGCAUGACUUUUAAAAAGUAAUUCACUUGUGUAUAGGAUAUUUUUCCUUCUCUUUUUAAUGAGGAGUGGGAAAACAGUAGGAAGAGACUUUAAUAAGAACAGAUUUGAAAGGUUUCUUUGGUAAGUUUUCUAAGAGCUUAUUCAUAGCUAAAAUAAAAUUUUCCUUUAGUCUCUCCUAUUCCUAACCAUUACAUACUUCAAGGAAUCAUCACUGUGAUUCUCAAGUAGGAGGGAAAAUCAGUUUUCAACACUGUACUACUAACAAAUGGUGGAUGCCUUAUUUUGAGUAGUGUAUAUAAGCACAAAAUCAGUCCCUUGUCAUUAUGUGGAAAAAAUACUUUGAGUUAUCAUUUUAUACAUUACAGAUUUAUUUCACCCCUCCAAGGAAGCACAGAUCAUAUGCAAUUGCUAGUCUCAUCUAAUUAGGAUGCUCAGAAUUGAAGUAACAUGGUAGGGCAGAAGUUAAGAUUGAGGGGUGUUGGGGAAGCUGUCUAGAAAGCCCCCUGCUUUUCCCUACUCCUGAAUCUGUUUGAUUAAUUUUAACUUUCAGAAGCAUCUAAGUUUUUCAAAAGGAAAAAAAGCCUUAUUGUACAGGAGAGUUUAUUAUUUAAUCCCUAAAUGUCUUUCAGAGCACAUACAUAAUAAGAAAAAUACUCCUUUAUAAACAGCAAAAAUAUACUGCAUAUUCAAUUUGUCCUUAGCAAUAUUCUCUCUCUUCCAUCUACAAGUAUCAGGAUUGGUAGUGUGGUCAUUUUUGUACCCAGGGACAAAGGGAACUUUGGUGCCUUGUUACUUGCUGGUUUGUGUAUUGAAAUCUUUCAUGGCAAAUUUCUUGUAUUCAAUUUUCUGGUUUAUUAUUUUAAUCUUUAUACACAAACAGUAUGUAUACAUACAGAAGUCACUUAGCAUUCACAGCGUCCUACAAAGUAAACAGUAAAAAUGAGAUUGUGUAUAUGUCUUGUAAAAUUAUCUUUACAUUCCAUGUGUAUGGAAAGCAUAACAUGUAUAUUUCAUAUAUAUUAUGUAGCGUUAAUUAAAUGUAUAGCUUCUAUUUUGAAA